GUGCUCGCUGCUAGCUGUGCUAGCUGGAAGUUAGCAGGACCGCGUCGCUCUGAUUUCCCGGCGUCUCUGCUGGCCUCACGAGCUCAUCUGACACACCUCAUGGUGCGCUGAACACUACAACAAAAACAGAGGGACAGAUCGCUCGCCAUUUAUCUUUCGUUACCGAUCACUCUCCACGGAUGUCCACAACAACCACCACUUCCGCACUUAGUUCAACAACGUCAUGACGCAGAUGUACGUCAUUCUGGCCGCUCCAUCGCAGCAGGGUAAACGCUGCAGGAUGGGACCUCUGUGGAUGGGACGUGUAGAAAUGAAAGGAGCCUGGUUCUGGACAGGUGCACCUGAGUAACUGUCGUCCAGUGUAGUCAGAGGACAUACAGGAGGUCAUGAUCCAGUAUGGAGAUGUCUGGGUUCUUCAUCCGCAGAGGAGUUGCGUCGACGCUGACUGAGAGGCUUGGCGAAGAGAACGGCAGAAUUAAACUACAAAGCUAGAUUCAGCUUUCCACACUUGAACUACUCCUCUGAACAAGCUGCCCUCCCUCCCUCUUGCUUUCCGGGGAAAUAUGUGUCUCCUGUUCCCGGCACUUCUCUUUGUCCUCCUUGCCUUUUAUUCUCCCCCAUCCCUUUUCCCAUUCGUCGAGGGCACAAAGUUGUGUCCCCACCAGUGCAUCUGUUACGAGCACGCUGACCUGGUGGACUGCCGUGGCCGUGGGUUCGAGCAUGUUCCCAGGGGUCUCCCACACGGCACGUGGCUGCUGGAGCUGGGAGGAAACAAUUUGAGCGAGAUUGGCUCUCGAUCCUUCACUGGACUGUGGUCCCUGCGGGUGCUGGUGCUGACCAACAGCCAGAUACAAGAAAUACAACCACAGGCAUUUCUCUCUUUGUCAUACCUGGAGAAGCUGGAUCUCAGCUGGAACCAGUUAUCAUCUCUCCCUGUCGACUUCUCAGCCAGCCUGCCUGCUCUCAGAGAGCUGCGACUGGAGCACAACAACUUGUAUCAUAUAUCUGGAUCCAGCUUGGAGUAUCUGGACAACAUGGAGAAGCUGGACCUCAGUCAUAACCAGCUGGCGUCGGUUGGCCCCGGCGUGUUCAGGGGCCUCUCCAGGCUUAGACAGCUCUACUUACACAACAACAGACUGACAGUAGUGCAGCAGGGGAGCCUGGACAUGCUGCCUGGACUAGAGGUGCUCCAGCUGAGUAACAACAACAUCUCUCUGAUAGACACUGAUGCUCUGGCUCCUCUCUACAGCCUGGCAGUCCUCGCUUUGGAGGGAAACAGCCUGCACCACCUCAAGUUUAAAACCUUCAUCAGCCUUCAUACAACAGCUACACACAUCCAGCUGUCAGGCAACCCAUGGAGCUGUGACUGCGAGCUGCAUCGCGUCUUCAGUAAGAUCUUGCACGUUCGCCACCUCCACAUCGACGACUACCACAACGUGACGUGCCACGACCCGCCGCAGCUGGCCGGGGCUUCGCUGGCCUGGGUGGACAGCCAGCUCUGCGUGGCAGAAACAGCCACCGUACUCGUCAUCACUGUCACAGUGCUGGUCACCGUGGUGGCGGCUUUGGUGAUGGCGGAGAGGAACAGGAAGAGGAACCGUGGGAAGAACUGGGACACUGAGUCACAGGCGCAAACGUAGAGCCUACCGCCCCGAGAACCUGUAUGAUAAACAGUGAGAGGUAGUGACCUAACCAUGUGAACACCCUGAAGCCUGGUUGACACAAUUAGACGAUUACUUGAAUGGACAUUCCCUUUUUCCUUUGAUAUUCAAACAGGCAAUGGAGUGGACUGUAUGUCUAGAAGACCUGAAGGACACUACAAGUGUGGUUUGAGUUUUUGCUCAUGUUUUCACUUUAAAGUAUAUUUUCCAUAUUGUUAAAGCUCCAAUGUGCAGACUUAAAAAAUAGAAUUCAAGAGAACAUGAUGCAGCUCUUAGAUUCACCAAAUCCUCCACAGAUUAGAAAAACAAUGGUCAAAAUUUAAUGCAACAGAGGAAGAAAAAUCCUGACUUAUGUUCUUAUACCAAGACUGGGUAUAAAAUUUCCCAUAAUUCAAGUCAAUAAAGUAUUUCAUUAGA